CCCCGGGACCGGCCGCGCUCCGCCCGCCGCGCCGGCACUGCCGCUGCUGCCCAGGUGGGAAUCGACGCGGGAGCUGGGACACUCGAGCUGGCCCUGUACCAUGAGAGGAUGUGGCCGCGACCUGGCUGAGCUGCCCGGCGCCGCUGCCUGUCCCACCCGGCACCAUGGGAGGAUGCUUCUCCAAGCCCAAACCAGGGAUGCUGCACACUGCUGGAGGGUGCUGGAGGGAGUGUCGUUGGCUGUGUGACCUGAGCUUGGCUCUGAGCUUGUCCCGAGCCUUGGUUGUUGAAGUGAAAAUUGAAGUUGUGAUACCUGAGAAGGAGAGAAACAAGGAGGAAAUGUCACCCAAUGGGAAAGCCAGCCCUCUGAUCUACAAAGUCAAUGGGACUACCCGGCACUACCACCUUGAGGAGCAUCCAAUUGCCGGCAACCCCUACCACAACCCAAAGGACGUGGUAGAAGCAUCUGUGUGCCAUGUGAAGGACCUGGAGAAUGGACAGAUGCGAGAAGUGGACCUGGGGUGUGGGAAGGCUCUGCUCAUCAAGGAUAAUGGCGAGUUCCACGCCGUGGGACACAAGUGUCCCCACUACGGGGCUCCACUGGUCAAAGGGGUUUUGUCCAAAGGAAGAGUCCGCUGUCCCUGGCAUGGAGCUUGCUUCAAUAUCGGCACAGGUGACAUUGAGGACUUUCCUGGCUUGGAUAGUUUACCCAGGUUCCAGGUGAAGAUUGAGAAGGAGAAGGUAUACAUCCGAGCAAGCAAGCAGGCUCUUCAGACACAGAGAAGGACAAAGAUGAUGGCAAAGUGCAUCUCCUUGAGCAACUACAACCUGAGCAGCACCAAUGUGCUGAUCAUUGGUGCAGGGGCAGCUGGGUUGGUCUGUGCAGAGACCUUGCGCCAGGAGGGUUUUUCUGACCGAAUUGUGAUGUGCACCAUGGACAGACACUUGCCCUAUGACAGACCAAAGCUCAGUAAGUCAAUGGAUUCCCACCCUGAGCAGAUUGCCCUGCGCCCCAAGGAGUUCUUUUGCACCUAUGACAUCGAAGUCUUGACUGAAAUGCAGGUGGCGGCUGUGGAUAUCAAGAGCAAGAUAGCUGUGUUCAAGGAUGGGUUUAAGAUGGAAUACAACAAGCUGCUGAUAGCGACAGGAAACAUGCCUAAAACUCUCAGCUGCAAAGGCAAAGAGAUGGAAAAUGUUUUCAACAUCCGGACACCUGAAGAUGCCAAUCGUGUGGUGAAGCUGGCCACGAGCAAGAAUGUGGUGAUCGUGGGAGCAUCCUUCCUGGGGAUGGAGGUGGCCGCCUACCUCGCGGAGAGGGCGCACUCGGUGUCCCUGGUGGAGCUGGAGCAUGUUCCCUUCAAGAAGUUCUUUGGGGAGAGGGUUGGCCGUGCUGUCAUGAAGAUGUUUGAGAACAACAGGGUGAAGUUCUACAUGCAGACAGAGGUGUCAGAGCUGCGGGAGCAGGAGGGGAAGCUGAAGGAGGUUGUGCUGAAGAGUGGGAAGGUGCUGCGUGCUGACGUCUGUGUCGUGGGUGUUGGUGCAGUCCCAGCAACAGCCUUCCUCAAGCAGAGUGGCAUCAACAUCGACUCCAAGGGCUUCAUUGUGGUCAACAAGAUGAUGCAGACCAACAUCCCAGGGGUCUUUGCUGCUGGAGAUGCUGUCACAUUUCCAUUGGCCUUGAGGAAUAACAAGAAGGUGAAUGUUCCCCACUGGCAGAUGGCCCACAUGCAUGGCCGCAUCGCCGCGCUGAACAUGCUGGCCCACGGCACGGAGAUCAGCACUGUCCCGUACCUGUGGACAGCUAUGUUUGGGAAGAGCAUCCGAUAUGCGGGCCAUGGGGAAGGAUUCGAUGAUGUUGUCAUUCAGGGAGAUUUAGAUGAACUGAAGUUUGUGGCAUUUUAUACCAAGAAUGACGAGGUGGUGGCUGUGGCCAGCAUGAACUAUGACCCAAUUGUCUCCAAGGUGGCCGAGGUCCUGGCUGCUGGCAGGACCAUCCGGAAGCGUGAUGUGGAGCUGUUUGUCCGUCAUGGCAAAACUGGAGACAUGUCCUGGUUAACAGGGAAAGGCUCCUAACGCUGCUGAUGGCUGCACUCUCCUGAUGCUGCACUCGCCAUGGGGAGAUGGGACAGCAGCUCUACGGCCUGGUGGGAACCCCAUGGCUCAGCCAUUUCCCUUUGAGACCUGGAUGAACCUAGCAUUGUGCACUGACCUUCCCAGGAGGAUCUCCCACAGCUCCUCUGCCCCUGUGCCUGCUGGGCUGGGGCUCUGCUGUUGCAAUUGCUGUGGAAUUCUGGAAAGGCAGGCCACAGAGAGUGUGGGGUUUGGCACUGGCAGUGGACAUGGGCACCAUAUGGCUCUGGAUGCUGCCAUGGGGCUGAGGGUCCCCAGGAGGGUCUGAACCAUGCACAUCCCUCCCCCCCAUAAGCAGCAUGAGUGCCUUUGGUUGCUCCUGUGCUUUCAUGCAUGAUGCUCCUUUCAAAAUUCCUUUUUCUCCCAGCAGAGCUCCAAUGUGCAUCCCUGUGGAGCCUGACAUCUGCUCCCUUCCUGCAUGGCUGCAGCAUUUGCUACAGCUCUCCCUGUGCACUCCCACUCCAGGGAGCAUCUGGGUGGGCCAGGAGAUGGGGUUACACUGGGUAAUCUCUGUGCAGCUGGUGUUUGUGUUGUCCAGGCUGGUCCUGUGCAGCCUCACCAGCAGAGGUGGGUCCUUGUCCAUACUGAAGGUUCUGGAGCUCAUCAGUCCCUGUCCCAGCAUCUCUUGUCCUAGAACAGCCAAGGGGAUGGAGUGUGUUCCCUCUCUCCUGGGCUCAGUUUGGGCUGGAGCACUGGCAGCACUUGGCCCAUUCCCAGAGUGUGUAGCAGGGAUACCUGAGAGCUGUGAUGGCUCAGCUGCAGCCCUGGGCUGAGUGACCACCCUUCCAGCCAACCUUGGGAUAUCUCUCCUUAAUGAUAUCAUGGGAUCAGUGAUGUUGCUGAGAUGUUAUUUGAGGAAAAGUAGCUGGGGAACGUUUCUGGUUGUCCAUUGUCUGGCACUCGUCCAGCAUAGUGACAAGGUUGCAUUUCCCAGCCCAGUGCUCUGCUGUCCUGUUUCCUGCUCCAUGCUGAAGAAGAGCCAAGUCUCCAGCUCAGGAGUGGACCUGGCCAGCCACAGCCCAGUGUCCAUCAGCCCAGUGGAGUAGGGGUUGAGGGUCUCCCUUGGGCUGACUCCUUCCCCAACAGUGUUUUACCCUGAGUGCCAAACAAAAGGAUUUAUAUUUUUAAUUUGUUUCACCCCUAUAAAUUAAAGCAAUACUAUUCUUGG